GACGCGCAUGCGCACAGGGAGGAGGCGUGACGGCCCAAGAUGGCGGCUGCCGGCGGACCCGUGGAGGUGGCGCUGGUGUCGGCGGCUGAGGCGGCCUCGUCGUCCGGAGGCGGCUGUUCAGUGUGGGAAGUGGGCUCCGGGGCGUCGGUGGCCGGCUACCGCGGGUUUAGCUGCGCGGCUCGCGGGAUGGCGCUGCUGGGCGGGGAGCACCUGCUCGGGGCACAACUGGGCAAGGCCUGUGUGGGCGCCUGGGAGCUCCAGAGGAAGGAUCAGCUCCAGCAGAAGAUAAUCUGCCCAGGCUUGGUGUCUUGCUUGGCUGCAGCUCCCAACGGUCUCUACAUCUUGGCAGGUAUCGCCGAAAGCAUCUACCUCUGGGAGGUGUCUAGCGGGAACCUGCUUGCCAUUCUGAACCGACACUACCAGGAUCUUUCCUGCCUGGCCUUCACAGACGACAGCAGCCACUUCCUCUCUGGAGCGAAGGACAGCCUCGUGAUAGUGUGGAACCUGUACAGCGUGCUGCAGGCCGAGAACGCCCAGAGCCCAGAGCCCCGCCAUGUGUGGUCGAGACACAGCCUCCCCAUCACGGACCUCUGCUGCGGCAUGGGCGGCCCCAUGGCCCGUGCCGCCACGGCCUCCCUAGAUCAGACGGCGAAGCUUUGGGAGAUCUCCUCUGGCGACCUCCUCCUCUCUGUCGUCUUCGACGUGGGCGUCCUGUCGGUGACCCUCGACCUCACGGAAUACCACAUGUUCUGUGGUGGCAUGGACGGCUCCAUCUUCCAAGUCGACCUCUGCGCCUGGCCCGUGCAAAGGGAGAGGGGCUUCCAGACAGAAAGGGAUUCUGCCAAGAUCUUCAAAGGGCAUCGGAACCAGGUGACGUGUCUCUCCGUCUCCACCGACGGAAGCCUGCUCCUGUCCGGCUCGCAUGACGAAACCGUCCGGCUGUGGGACAUCCAGAGCAAGCAGUGUCUACGCACGGUGAAUUACAAAGGUCCAGUCACCAACGCCUUCAUCACCCUGGCUCCAGCCAACAUGCUAAACCCGGAGAGCAAGCCCCGGGUCCCCCUGCCCAAGUUCAGCCGCCACCUCUACACCAUGGAGAACGCAGGGAGCCCUGCCAGCGAGGGAAUGAUGCUGUGUCUCGGGAUGCAUCAGAAGGGAUCCGGAGAGAGCAACUUGGAGAAGAAAGAGCGGCUGUACUCGCAGAUGUGUGCGACAAGAGAAAAGAAUUUGAUGGGCGACCAGGAGCAGCUGAAGAUCCAAGUGACUCAACUGGAGGAAGAGGUGGGCACCUUACGCAAGAUCAACAAAGGCCUCUUCGACUUCUCCAGCCGCCUCAUCAUGAAGCAGGGCAAAUAGCAAGGGGGACGGAUGGACCUGCUCUCCUCC